AAGAAAAGAAAAGAAAAGAAAAGAAAAGAAGGAAUAAAUUAAAGAAUGUAGGGGUAUAGAAAUUAACGAUCGAUAAGAAAAAUGUCUCUAUUUUAUGUGAAAAAGAUCGUUCUCGAACUUUAAUUCUAUUAUGCAAUUCGUCGCGUAACGGAACGGCGCGCGCGGAAAAAUCUAAGAGUUGAACUAAGGAUCAACGAAUACGAUUGAUUCCAAGGAAAAAUGAAGGAAAUAAAAGUGAUUGAGAGAAGAAAGUACGGGUCCAUCGACGAAUGGCGACGUCCCUGGGAGAAAGGGGCGAGAAAGGGGGCGAGCACGACGCCAUGUCGACGUUCAUCCUCUAGUUCGCUCUCGUUGCAGCCCUCGUCUAAAAGGCAAACUCGUGUCUGAAAAAAGUCGCGAAAAGGAAAGUUCGGAAAAAAAGGAGGCAGAAGGAAGGAAGAAAGGAAGAAAAGCCAAAGCUCGUAGAAAUCACUGACGAAAUCACUCUUGCACGAAGCAUUGGGCUAUGAAUGAAGACCCAACCCUUUCAUCUCGAGGUUUUGGCAGUUUUGCUAUUGUCAGUAAUACCCUGGCCAGGUCCAAGUGUUUUUAAGAUAUCAUGCCCCCGCGAUCGUGCUUCGGUAGUGAGGAGGAUAAUUCACAAGAGAUGGAUGCCCAUCCUAAAGAAAUAUCAAGUGGAGUUACCCUUAGAAUGUCCCUUUCACGAAAGUCGAGACAUCUUUCGACCUCAGCAACGAGCAAAGCAUCAGUACAGACCGUCGCAAUGGACCUGCGGCCUUUGCGGCAAGUCUUUUUAUGCCGAAAGACAUCUCGACGCGCACUUCGAUAACAGACAUAAAAGUAACGUUAAUACGGCGGAGGACGCCGUGUGCCUUGCCGACUACUGCGACAUUAUGAGAUGCGACGUCUUGGGAAAUCGUGACUUUGAAAGUUCGAUGAACGAUGAGGACGACGACGGCGGUCAUCUCAACACCGACAUACAGGUGUGGAAGGAAAAUACGGAACAGCGCAGUACGUCGGUCGUACCGUGUUCUCGAGACCUCGCAAGGACAUAUCGUCCUUCCUCUUCAUCUUCCACGGAUAAGUCGUGUGCGCUCGCGGCCACGAAAAACGACUUACAGCGUUCGUACUGUCGACGAGCCGACGCGGAUGUCCUUAAAAAUCAUCGGCUCGCCGAUUCCUCCUCUUAUCGUCGCAACGAAAUCGCUGGUCCUGAGAACAAUAGCGACGCUUGCGACAAUGACGACGAGGACGACGAGGACGACGAGGAUGACGAGGAAGAGGAGAAAGAGGAGGAAGAGGAGGAGGAGGAGGAGGAGGAGGAGGAGGAGGACGACGACGACGACAACGACGACGGCGACGACGACGACGACGAGGAGAAUCUAGUAGAAGCAGCUCUACCUGCCGUCGAUAAAAGGCAAAGACGCAGAAGAAUACAUCUUAGGAAACUCAAGUCCAACUGCAAGCCUGAGGAACUUCAAAAGCUCAAGUUACAAUGUGAAAUACUCGUCCGCGAUUGUAUCGCAGGACUUCUCGCAAAUCUCUCGGUUCGAGAAUUCCAAGAAAUCGAAGGUGAACUGAACCGGGCGAUCUGUUGGUAUUUGAGUUGCGAUAGAUACUGGGAAGAUACCAAACGGCAACAGCGUCAGACACCUUGGUAUCUGCUCGCUACGUUUAUGGCUCUUUUCUGCACCUCGAUUUAUGCCUGCUAUUACGUCAUCUGGGUUCUCUUCAAUACCACGGACGAGGAGAGACUCGAUCAUACGGGAACUUUAGGUUACAAUGAUGGAAGUCUUACGGGUGCAUCAUCGUUGCACGAUCAGAGCGGUCAUGGCGAUGGUAGAUCGGUAGAUAGACGAAAAAUGGAAGGAGGAGACGAUAAUCUAGUAUCUACGAACGAAGAAAUGCCGGAUCACUACAUAUACGUCGCAUAUCCACCGGAACUGAAACGUCGUCUCUUGGAAAGCUGCUACAACAGGACUACCAGACUAUGAGACUGAAACGAAAGAAGACGAUUGUUUCGUAUUCAUCUUGAGAACAGGACUGCGCUGCGAAUGAAGGCACUCUCUUCUCUCUCUCCUCUCUCUCUCUCUCUCUCUCUCUCUCUCUCUCUCUCUCUCUCUCUCUCUCUCUCUGUCUCUUCGUGUUUUGUAUACCAAAUCUACUCGAAUAAAUUGCAAGGUACGAGAGGAAUCUUCCAUCGUAGAAACAACCGAAAGAAAGAGUUAUAGCAAAAAGACCGGCUUUAAAGUCUUUCGCAAUUGAACCUAAAACAUGUUUUAUUUGUCAGAAAGAAAAAAAAGAAAAGGAAAAGAAAAAUAGAAGAAAAACGAGAAGACACUAUGGUAAUCUUAAAAAAUGCAAUUUUGUA